CUGCGGGGAGCCCGCCGGGAGUGGGGCGCGGGCAGCGGGCGGGCGGCGCCACUUUCCCGGGCGCCGGGCUGGGCUCCGGGGUCGGCGGCCGCCGUGCACGUGCGCCGGGACCCGCGGCGCCCUUCGCCCCGCGCUGCCCGGGAGACUGGCGGGCCGGGCGGCCUCCUGCCCCGGGGAUCACCUGCUGCCCUCCUGUGCCGCGCGCGGUGGCAGCCGGCCGCCCGAGCGCCGGGGAGGUCGGAGGCGCCGAUGAAUGGAGACGCGGGCAGGUUGCCGGGGCCGAGUCGGCGGACGAUCGAGCGGGGAAGAGAAAGUUGGAACUGGUCUCGGCGAGCUGUGCCUGGGGCGGACCGGGAUCCCGCGCCCAGGAGGAGGGGCGGCUGGGGCGCCUCCGAGCGCCCUCCCGCCCCGGCCGUGGUGACUCGGCGGCAGGCGGCCUCCCGCCGCGCCGGCUCCGGCCUGAAGCUGGAACCUUCCCGUGGCAUUUCGCGGAUGUGAGGUGCCCGACAUAAGCUCCAGAGAGUUGCCUCCCACGGAGCCCAGCAGAGGAGCAGACGAACAUGAAGUCCAAUCCUGCCAUCCAAGCUGCCAUUGACCUCACUGCCGGGGCCGCAGGGGGCACAGCGUGCGUUCUGACGGGGCAGCCCUUCGACACACUGAAGGUGAAGAUGCAGACGUUCCCCAAGCUGUACAGAGGGCUCACUGACUGCUGCCUGAAGACCUACUCCCAGGUGGGCUUCCGGGGCUUCUACAGGGGGACCAGCCCAGCGCUGAUCGCCAACAUCGCCGAGAACUCCGUCCUCUUCAUGUGCUACGGCUUCUGCCAGCAGGUGGUGCGGAAAGCGGUUGGAUUAGACAAGCAGGCAAAGCUGAGGUGAGUCGAGGACACGGACACUCUUUUUUUGUUUUAAGAAAAACCAAUACCAUUGUACAGUCAGGAUUUUUAUGAUACCUUAUGGGGAAGGAGGUUUCGUUUUUUAAAAUAACUACUUUCUGAUUACGAAUUUAUACACUGUCGUCAUAUAAAACUUGGAAGACACGUAUGCAUCAUGCAAAAGGAGAAUUGCCCAUGAUCCACCGUGGAAAACGAACCACUCGUACGUGUUGGUAUUCAGGAAAAUGCUUUUCAAAUGCCAACGGUGGUGUUGCUGCUCGUGUGGGCAGAAGUGCUGGACUGAAACCAUAGACACAGCUUGUGACCCAUGUUAUGGGCUCCAGUUCAUCAGCAAAAUGCAGAGUAUUGGAAGACGUUGCCCGAGCCAAAUAGGUUUGAGGAGAACCUUGGAAUUUUAGCAAGGGUCAGAAGCAUCUGAGAAGAUGCCGGUGAACCUGCGGUUUCUUUGGCUGAGUCUGCCCCAAUGUCAGACUUCGGCUUAUGCUUGGUCAUCCCUUGGGUGUUUAUUAUACGGACAAAAAAGAAUUAGGAAACCACUGGCAUGUACCUUGGAUAGCAUCCCUCCUUUGAACAUUGAUUUGUCUUAAAUCACUUAAAAUUAUUGUGUCGGCUUUGUGGUUGCGAAGGGCAGUCUUAUUGGGUGUUUUGGUAGGAAUUUGAAACCCUAGUGCAACUACAGGUCCCACAUGACUAGAGUGGGUUCCUUUAUAUAGAAAUGUUCUCUGGAGGUGGCUAGAAGUCUAAAGAUGUGCCCCUUUGUAGACAGGAAUUCUAUCUUGAUGGAUGGAACUUGCUCUUUAAAGGCUUGGGACUGGAUGAGGUCAUCCGGGGAGACAGGGUCUAUAGAGGGUUGAGCUCUGGUGAUGGGACCCACCAGCACAAAGGGGUCAGGAAAGAGCGGAAGGAAAGAAAUAAGCAGGAGACCACCCAGGAGAGAGUGGUAUCCCAUGAUGGAGACUGACAGAAGGAAGACUGUAGCGGCCGGAGCUCUCCCAACUUGAGGGUGAGACUUUCUACUCUGGGCGACCUGGAGUUUGGGUCUCCUUCAGCAUCCUUCGAAGGACGAAUGAGGGAGAAGACAGGGAAACAGUGAGCAACCACAUGAGAAAGUCCUGCAGGAAAGAAGCCAUCCUAUUCACUUGGCCUAGCCCAGCACUCUCAUCCUUUUGAAGUUGGGGGGCUGCUGCUUUUUCAUCCUGCAGACCGGUGUUUGCUCAUUACCUGUUGGGAAAUGCCCCCUUAGUUUACAAACCUCCGAGGUGUAUGUUGUGUUUUUAGCCCUCACUCUGGUCCUGUGAGGGGAGCAAAGCAGGUGCUGAUAUCUGUUUGGUCGACGGGGAGACUGAAAUGCAGACACUGACGUGCUCAAGAUCACUGGUUGGUAACUGAGAAAGCCAGGAUGCAGACCAUGUCUUCUGAGCCCCCAGCCAGCAGUCUUUCCCUACGACCCCAGUCGGGGCUCUGGAAUAUUUUUGGGGGUCAGACCCAGAGAAAAGACUAAUAAGCAGAAGUAGUGAAAAGUGCCUGUGAGAACCUGCUGUGAAUUUCUGCAGUAGUGUUGUAAAUAUUUGUCUGCUCUCGGUUCGAACUACCUUGCGUAGUGUUCUCCUUUGACCUUUGCCUAGAUGGGAUCUUACACAGCAAGGGGGGUCCAGGUACAUGUUUGUUGAAUGGGUGACAAACAGUUGGUUCUUAGAAAAUGCCACCCUACGCCUAGUGCCGUUUCCAUUCCAGUUCUGAACAUGUAUGCUCUAGGCCCAGCCGGGGGCCUGUGGCCCUCAUUUAGCACACUGGCAGCUGAAAGUAUUUAUUAGAAAGCCGAAGUCCACUGCAGAUCUGAUGUGGCCUUGUCGUUGUGCUGUAACAAAGUGCUUGGUGGUCAUUCAGCGUCCGAGCCGUUGCUGCAUCUUGGAUUGACUGGACAGCUGUGUUUGUGGAUGCCACCUUUGUUCCAGCGGACUUGGCAGAUUCUGACCCCCAUUGACUAUUGCCUGUCAGCAGGUUGACAGAGAGUCCCUGAGGGAGGCAAGUACGGAUCUGCAGGCUGGCUGGAAGACAGCAGAUGCCAUUUAAGCUUUGGUUUUGACAAAUGAGCCAAGUAGGAGUGAAGGGGGAAGGAAUGGAGUGAACGGCCUGGGGCAGUUUCCACACUCUGGAAAGCUGUGUGCAGAUACAGUCGUGAGUCUGGCUCUCCUCUGGAAAUGGUCGGAUGUUUGGUUCUCUAAGAUGAAAAGGAAGUCCGUACUGCAAGCAGUGUCUUCCUCCCGGAAGAAAACCUUGUCUGAGCCAACUCUUCUGAGAACCCUGAGUGUGUGACAAGCUGCCUCGGCCCCUGGACACCCGCCUUACACCCAUGUGCAUCACCGAAUAGGGAAUAGGAAGUCAGGGCUGAGAUGGGAGGCAGCCCUUGAUUUCAUGUUAAUACUGACGUUAGUUUGUGUAACUGUUAGUUUAAUGUAACUUUAGGACAACUGAGUGUGGUAGGUCAAUUAGGCUUCUGCUCACAGUUUGCGGAAAAAUUAUUAGGGGAUCUCUCUGCCUCGGGCAGUUGGCUGCGGGGAAGACCUCCUAGGGCCCUUCUGGAAACCGGUGACCCAUCCUGGUUGUUCAGUGACAGCACGAUGCUGACAUUUAAAGGUGAGCGCCAGGGAGACAGUUGUCCUGCUUUGAGCAGUUUGGUCCUUCCUGCCGUGGAAAGGAUGGUCCCUUCCCACGUGACAAAACACCAUCCCAGUGUUUGGAGAGGAUCUUCUCUUCUGAUCCCCGUGAAUUCUCCGAGAAGUCUUCUGGCAGUGUGUUUCUCAGACUUUCCCCCAUACUCUUGGACUCUCACUGGAUUCCAGUGUCACAGCCCUGCUGGUGACUGUGGCUGGUUGUAUUAAACCCAUAGGAGAUGAGGUGAGUGCUUCCGCUUUUGGAC